CUACAAGAGGCGGAGUAUGAUGAGGGGAUCUAGCAUCAUUGCUACUGUUUUGUAUUGACUCUUACUGAAUACGGUUUAAAUUCCCAAAAAAAAAAAAAAAAAAUCUGCUUGCCCUUCAGGCCCUCCUUCUCAUCUCUCAUAAGUAACCCCCCCGCUGUCUCUACCUUCACAUUCUGAUCACUUCUGAGCUUUCCUUCUCUUCCUCACUCACUCCUCUGUUCCACACAAUGGUCCCCAAACCCUUCGUUGUAUCUUCUUCUUCUUCAUCCUUUUCCUCCCCUUCUCCUUAUGUCCCUCGUCUCUCCGUUUCCUCUGUCAGAAUCGAAGACAAACCCCCGUCCCAGACCGUUACAACUACCUCACCAAAGCCCCCACCCGCCGAAACUAUUCCCUCACCACCCCCCACCACCACCGCCCACAAGACUGCUGGGUCGAGAAGGGUGGUAAAGAGAAGACCGACGGAGCAGUCCCUCCCUUCGUUGAUUUUCAAUUCAUUUGACACCAUCAUCAACAAUUUCAUCGACCCGCCAAUCAAACCUUCUGUUGAUCCAAAAUAUGUUCUUUCCGACAACUUCGCUCCUGUCGAUGAACUGCCUCCGACAGAAUGUGACAUCAUUCAGGGUUCUCUCCCUGCUUGUCUUGACGGUGCCUACAUUCGAAACGGUCCUAACCCACAAUUCCUCCCUCGUGGACCUUACCAUCUCUUCGAUGGCGACGGCAUGCUUCACUCCAUUCUCAUAUCUCAAGGCAAAGCCACUCUCUGCAGCAGAUAUGUUAAAACAUAUAAAUACAACAUUGAGAACCAGGCUGGGUAUCCUCUGAUUCCUAAUGUCUUCUCAGGUUUCAAUGGUCUUAUUGCUUCUGCGGCUCGUGGGUCCCUCACUGCGGCUCGAGUCUUAACGGGACAGUACAAUCCUGUUAAUGGAAUCGGUUUGGCUAACACGAGCUUGGCUCUGUUCGGGAAUCGUCUCUUUGCUCUGGGAGAGUCUGAUCUUCCUUAUGAAGUCAAAGUGAAACCAAAUGGUGAUAUAGAGACUCAAGGCCGUCACGAUUUUGAUGGGAAGCUUUUCAUGAGCAUGACUGCUCAUCCCAAGAUAGACCCAGAUACCAGCGAGGCCUUCGCGUUCCGUUACAGCCCUGUUCCGCCGUUCCUCACCUACUUCCGUUUCGAUUCCGACGGGGCGAAGCAACCCGACGUGCCUGUUUUCUCCAUGGUCCGACCCUCUUUCUUGCAUGACUUCGCCAUUACCAAAAAAUACGCCAUCUUUGCUGAUAUACAGAUAGGAAUGAACCCCCUUGACAUGCUUGCCGGCGGAUCUCCGGUGGGUUCAGACCCGUCCAAAGUUUCGAGAAUCGGAGUGCUUCCUCGGUACGCCAAAGACGAGUCUCAGAUAAAAUGGUUCGAUGUUCCGGGGUUCAACAUAAUCCACGCCAUUAACGCUUGGGACAGUGAAGAUGGAAACGAAAUAGUUCUGAUAGCACCGAAUAUUCUAUCCGUGGAGCACACGCUAGAGAGAAUGGAGCUGGUUCACGCCAUGGUGGAGAAAGUAAGGAUCGAUCUCAGAACUGGGAUUGUAACAAGACAGCCAAUUUCGGCGAGAAAUCUGGACUUCGCGGUGAUUAAUCAAGCCUACGUGGGAAAGAAGAACAAGUUCGUGUACGCGGCGAUUGGAGAUCCAAUGCCGAAAAUCGCAGGGGUGGUGAAGCUGGACGUGUCAAAGGGAGAAGAAAGACGUGACUGUACGGUUGGUUGCAGAAUGUUCGGAGAAGGGUGCUACGGCGGAGAGCCAUUCUUCGUGGCGAGAGACCCAGAGGACCCAGAAUCAGAGGAGGACGAUGGGUAUGUGGUGACGUACGUGCACGACGAGAAUAAAGGAGAGUCACAGUUCUUGGUGAUGGAUGCGAAGUCGCCGGAGCUCGAUGUGGUGGCGGCGGUGAGGCUGCCCCGGCGAGUUCCUUACGGAUUUCAUGGGCUUUUUGUGAGGGAAAGUGAUCUGAGAAAGCUUCGGUGAAGAUGAUGAUCGUUCAUGUUCAUGGGACCCGGCCACCGACGUCUACACGUGGCGCCACUGUUCAGAGAUACAUAAUAGCAUAUGGGUAAAGUUCGGAGUUACUUAUUUUUAUUUUGCCUAUUUCGAGCAAUCCGGGGCAGUUACCGGGGCUGUUACAGGUACUCCAUAGUCCAUAAUGUAUAUAAUUAUAAAUGACCAUAUUAUAGAAAACUUUUAGCCUUAAAAUUUGAUCAUGAAUCUCACUCACUUUCCACAUUUAUCCCACUAUUUUGUUUAUUAUUUUACAAAUAAAAAAUCAUCCACAUAUAAUUUAAUAAUUAUUUGUGUAUUAAUAUAACUUCAGCUUUUGGGAUUUUUUUUUUGGCACAGAACAAAUGAAGUUUAAAGAGAUUUACAUGUAGAAA